CGCCGCCUGGGCUGAAUCUUAUUGAUCCAGAAGGUGGCUAAUUAGCCCUUCCCGUCGUGCCUGGGUAAUGAGGCACAUGCGCACUGCACUAAUCAGCCAUUUUUUGCAGGAAACUAAUUAGCAGAAUAAAGAUCCAAAGAGUUUUUUUCCUCCUCCCUAAUCAGCAGAUCUGAACGCGGGCGCUUCCUGCUCCGGCCGCCCCGCCGUCCGGCUCCCGCCCGCCCGGGCCCCCGCCCGCCUCGCUCCGGGGCGCCGCCGCUCCCGGCGACGAUGCUGCUGCUGCUGCUGCUGCUGGGCAGCGGCGGCGGCGGCGGCGGCGGGGGCAGCAGCGGCCCCGGUGGCGCAAGUGGAAGCGGCUGCCGCCCGGCUCCGGCCGCCGCGCCUGCUCCGCGCCUCUCCUCUGCCUCGUCUCGCCGCCGCCGCCGCCACCACCGCCGCCGCCGCCAGUCCGGACUGCAGCUGGGAGCCCGCCGCGCCUGCAGCCUUCAUGGGAUCCGUCUCCCCCCCCGCGCCGCCCGGGAUUAGCCGUCUCGCCGGAGCUCUCGCAGCAGGAGGGGCCGAGGAGGAAGAAGAGGAGGACGGGCGCAGGAGGAGGGAAGACGCCGCCGCCGCCGCCGCCGCCGCGUCCCGGCCGUGCCAGGUGCGAUGAACGCUGGCUGCAGGGCUGACAAUGGAAGGCUGUGAUUUGCCGGUCAUCCUAGGCAAGGACCUCGGGGGCGCUGGGCCUCAGCACCAGCAGUGGCCUGAGUUUGGCAGCGCUCACCACCUCCCCACUGCACCCGAUGACACAGAGUCCACCGCAGCAGCCCAGCUAGGCAAUGAGCGGGCUUCCUUCUGCGAACGCUUGCCAGGAAGUGCAGCCGCCGCUGCUGCGUGCAGCCCCGAGCCCAGCAGCAAGGAGAUCAGCUGUAACGACUUUGCGGCCUCAUUUGCCAGUUUACAGGCCUACAUGGAGCCCCCCUGUGCCAGUGCCCAUCCUCUGCUCCCCUCGCAAGAGGACUGCGGGAGUGACAUUGGCGAGGAAGAGGAGGAGGAGGAGGAGGAGGAGGAGGAGGAGAGCGAUAUCGAGAAUCUGGCCGGAGAGAUCGUCUACCAACCGGACGGCUCAGCAUAUAUUGUAGAAAGCCUCAGUCAGCUGAGCCAAGGCGGUGGGGGGCUCCCGCCCCUGCUGGCGAACUCUGCUCUCACCAUCCCAGGAGCCAAGUCGGGGGACUCUGCUGCGGCCGUGCCCCAAGUCUAUCCGCAGAUCAUCAACACUUUCCACAUUGCCUCCUCCUUUGGGAAGUGGUUUGAAGGCCCAGACGAGGCCUUUCCCAGCACCUCCGCCCUGGUGGGGGUCAGCCCCGUCCUGCACAGCUUCCGCGUCUUUGACGUGCGCCACAGAAGCAACAGGGAUUACCUGAACAGCGACGGUUCUGCCAAAAGUUCCUGCGUAUCCAAAGAUGUUCCCAACAAUGUGGACAUGUCCAAAUUUGAUAGCUUUGUCCUCUAUGGGAAGAGGAAGCCCAUCCUGAUGUGCUUCUUGUGCAAGCUCUCCUUCGGCUUUGUCCGCUCCCUUGUGAGCCACGCAGUGCACGAUCACCGGAUGACUCUGAGCGAGGAGGAGCGGAGGAUUCUUAGCAACAAGAACAUCUCCGCCAUCAUCCAAGGGAUCGGCAAAGACAAGGAGCCCCUCGUGAGCUUCCUGGAACCAAAAAACAAAAACUUUUCACACCCUUUAGUUUCCGCUACUGACCUCAUAAGCCCCGGACACAGUUUCUACGGCAAAUUCAGUGGGAUUCAUAUGGAAGGGGAGGGGGGCUCCCAGACUGGGGCCGCCAGCACAAGCGACCAGCCCCAGGCAGCAGACCUCUUAGCCCCAGGGGGCCUCUUAAACCUGGGGGGGCUGACAAGCUCAGCUCUGAAGACCCCAAUUACCUCAGUUCCCCUGGAUGCCCCCUCCUCCAGCCCUUCCGCCGCCUCCUCCGAAGGGAAGGGCCCCGGGGGGCCCGGCAGUAAUGCGCAGGGCAGCUCCUUGGCGAAGGCGGAACUGCCCGGGGAGGAUCAGGAGGAGGAGGAGGAGGAGGAAGGUGCUGGCGGGGGUGGCCAAGGGCUGUUUCCACACAGGCUGGAGCAGGAUCCGGAGGAGAAGCUUCCUGCCACCGCUGAGCCCGGGUUGGUGGCCCACAGUGGCAGCCGCCUGAAGGAUCUUGCUCUCUCAAACCAAAGCAUAUCCCCCUUAAUGCCUCACGUGCUUCAGGGGGUGUCGAGGGGCCUGGCUCCUUCCGCUGCUCCUCCUCCCGCUCCUUCCUUCGUCUUUGAUGGUGCAAACAGGAGGAGCUGCUUGAGCUUUAACAGGGAGGGCAGCCAGAGGGCAGCUGAUGAUACGGGGGAGGAAAGUGCCAACAGAGACGAUGCCCCAGAACUCAGCGAGAGCCCGGAGGGGGAGGAUGGGCUCUGCCUCCCCCACCACCAGCACGGAGGGCCCCUCUGUGAUCUGGGGGGGGAGGGCUGCCCCUCGGGGGGAGGGGUGGAGUGCCCCAAGUGUGACACCGUGCUGGGGUCCUCGCGCUCCCUGGGGGGCCACAUGACCAUGAUGCACUCGCGCAACUCCUGCAAGACCCUCAAGUGCCCCAAAUGCAACUGGCACUACAAGUACCAGCAGACCCUGGAGGCCCACAUGAAGGAGAAGCACCCGGAGCCGGGAGGGACCUGCGCCUUCUGCCAGUCGGGGCAGCUGCACCCUCGGCUCGCCCGGGGCGAGAGCUACACCUGCGGCUACAAGCCCUUCCGCUGCGAGGUCUGCAACUACUCCACCACCACCAAAGGCAACCUCAGCAUCCACAUGCAGUCGGACAAGCAUCUCAACAACAUGCAGACCCUGCAGAACGGCAGCGGGGAGCAAGGCUUCAGCCACGCUGCGGGGGCCGUGGCCGUGGCCACGGCAGCCGCCACCAGUGUUGGGGGCGGCUGUGGGGCCCCCUCCCCCACCAAGCCCAAGAGUAAGCCUUCCUGGCGAUGCGAGGUGUGUGACUACGAGACCAACGUCGCCAGGAAUCUCCGCAUCCACAUGACCAGCGAGAAGCACAUGCACAACAUGGUGCUGUUCCAGCAGAAGAGCAGCCAGGUGCCCCUCGGCCUGGACGGCCUCUCCGCCGAAGCCGAGCUCUACAGUUACUACCUGGGCCAGAACCUGAAUAUGGACCACAGCCCGGCCUCCGAGGCGCAGUUCCUGACCGGCAGCCAUUUCCCGGUGGAGCCCAGCCACACCUUGGCCUCUGUGGCCCCAUCCCUAGUGGGGGGAGAGAUCCCUCUGGAGCCGCCGCUCGGGGGAGGGCAGCUGGUGCCCGAGGAGCUCGUGAACCUGGGGGAGACCUUUGACCAGAGCAGUGACCCUUCACGGAAGCUGUUCCAGUGUGCCAUGUGCAACAAGUUCACCACUGACGCCUUGGACCUCCUGGGGCUGCACCUGAACGCGGAGAGGGCCCUGCCCGAGGAGGAGUGGAAGGGGGCCGUGGGGGAGGCCUACCAGUGCCGGCUGUGCCAUUACAGCACGCAGCUCAAGGCCAACUUCCAGCUGCACUGCAAGACCGAGAAGCACCUGCAGAAGUACCAGCUGGUGGCGCACAUCCGGGAGGGUGGAAAGGCCAACGAGUGGCGCCUCAAGUGCAUGGUGAUGGGGAACCCGCUGCACUUGAAGUGCAACGCCUGUGACUAUUACACCAACAGCCUGGAGAAGCUGCGCCUUCACACCGGCAAUUACAGGCACGAGGCCAGCCUGAAGCUGUACAAGCACCUUCAGAAGCACGAGAGCAGACUGGAGGGGGACAGCUGCUUCUACCACUGUGUCCUUUGCAACUACUCCACCAAGGCCAAGCUCAACCUUGUUCAACACGUGCGCUCCUUGAAGCACCAGCGAACCGAAAGUUUGCACAAGUUGAAGCGCUUGCAGAAGAGCCUUCCCGAGGAAGAGGAGGACCUGGGCCAAAUCUUCACCAUCCAGCACUGCCCAGCUGCUGACAUUGAGGAGCUCAUUGGAGAUGCGGAAGGACUCGGCGAGGUGGCAACAAGCCCUGAUGAGGCAGCCAAAGAAGUGGAGAGCGUGGCUGACCAGGACCAGGCCACGUGGGCAGCGGAAGGUCCCCAGGCUGAGAAGGAGCCAGCAGAGCCCUCACUGCCCUCCAAGCACCCGUCAUUUUCAAGACACUCGGCGUCACCUGUCCCCAGAUGGCCCACACCAUCAGACGAGGCCAAGCUAGAGCAGGUGUACCACUGCCUCUACUGCAAGUACAGCAAUCCGGAUGUCAACCGGCUGCGGGUACACGUCGUGACCCAGCACUCCAUCCAGCCGACGCUCAGGUGCCCCCUCUGUCAGGACCUGCUCAGCAACAAGCUCCACCUGAAGCUGCACCUGACCCACCUGCACAGCGUGUCUCCCGACUGUGUGGAAAAGCUCCUCUUGACGGUGACCACGCCGGAGGCCGUGAUGCCUAGCAACGUGUUCCCCACAGCAGCGGCAGCAGCGGCGGCAGCGGAUCGAGAUGGAAACGAGGAGCCCCUCCAGCCACCCGAGAGCUCGGAGGAAGGGGGCAAAGGCCUGCGGUUGCUGCCAGAGGCCGUGAGGCAUGGCAGCAGCGGAGGGAAGCCUGCGGCGUCCGAGCAGCCCGGGGCCAGAGAGGAGACGGGCUUCUUCUGCUGGAAGAAGGGCUGCGGCCAGGGCUUCAAGAGCUCCUCUGCCCUCCAGGCCCACUUCAGUGAGACGCACGGCAGGCGGCCACAGCUUCCUGUUUCCGAUCGCCACGUCUACAAGUACCGCUGCAACCAGUGCAGCCUGGCCUUCAAGACCGUCGAAAAGCUCCAGCUGCACUCCCAGUACCACGCCAUCCGGGCAGCCACCAUGUGCUGCCUCUGCCAACGGAGCUUCCGCACCUUUCAGGCCCUUAGGAAGCACCUGGAAGCCAGCCACCUGGAUCUGAGCGAAGCCGACAUCCAGCAGCUGUACAGCGGACUGCUGGUCAACGGCGAACUGUUCGCCGUGGGGGACCUUCCGUUGGCUGAGGACCACCCCAUGAUGACGACGACGGAGGAGGAGGAGAAAGAGGAGGAGAACAGCGACCAGGAAGACAAGCAGAGCCCUGCGGGAAGCGACUGCGGGUCCCUCCAGGAAGACUCUGGCUCAGAACCGAAACGGGCUCUUCCCUUCCGGAAGGGCCCCAAUUUCACCCUGGAAAAAUUCCUGGACCCAGCCCGCCCCUAUAAGUGCACCGUUUGCAAAGAAUCCUUCACGCAGAAGAACAUCCUCCUGGUCCACUACAAUUCCGUUUCCCACCUGCACAAGCUGAAGAGGGCCCUGCAGGAGUCUUCCGCCAGCCAGUCCGAGGCCACCAGUAGCCCCGACCACAAGCCCUUCAAGUGCAGCAUCUGCAGCGUGGCCUACAGCCAGAGCUCCACCCUGGAGAUCCACAUGCGCUCUGUGCUGCAUCAGACCAAGGCGCGAGCAGCUAAGCUGGAAGCAGUCAGCGGCAGUGGCCACAGCAAUGCUUCCCUGGGCUCCUCCAUGCCCAGCCCCUUGGGGGCCGGCACCACGAGCCUCACCUCCUCCUCCUCCGCUGCCCCCCAGAGCAACAUAAGCACAGGUAGCACCGGCUCUACUCCGCCUCUUCUCAGCCAGGCUUCUUGCGACCCCACAGGGCAGCCUCCUCUGAACCUGCCCAUCCGGAGCAGCCACUCACCUGCAGCCCCCUUGAGUCCUUCAGAACCUAAAGAGACCAAUCGUAAGAAGCCCGGAGAUGCGCCUGCGUGCCGCCAGCCGCUGCCCCCACCGCCCAACUCUCUGAUGCAGGCCCAGCUGCAGCAAGAGCUGCAGCAGCAAGCAUCGCUUCUGCAGGCCCAGCUUUUCAGCCCUGCGCUCUUGCCCCACUUCCCCAUGGUCCCAGAGGCCCUCCUGCAGCAGCAGCAGCAACAGCAGCUACUCUUCCCCUUCUAUUUCCCCAGCGCCGAGUUGCAGCUGAACGCCGAGGUGAGCUUGCCGAUGACCAACGGCACUUUGACGCUGGGCCUGCUGGAGGAUCUGAAACCCCAGCUUCCACAGCCAAGCCACCCGCAGAUGAUGCAGCAGCAGCCGCCGCUUCCACUGUCACAGCCUCCAUGUGUGCCCGUCCCACCGAGCGUGGCCCCGGACAAGAAGGCCAAGUCUGUGGCGAAGGAAAAGGAGGCCCAGCGAGAACAGGAGAUGGCAGAGAAGGGCGGCAGAAGCCCCUCCUGCCAAGAGCCCCCCCUGCCUGAGGCCAGCAAGGCCCAGGAGAAGGCUGACCCAGCGGGGCCCACAGAAGCAGCUGGGAGCAGCCCCGAGGAGGCGCCUUGGCUCCCUCCCCGCAUUGCUGUGGAUGCUCGUGGGAACGCCACCAAAGCUUUGCUGGAGAACUUUGGGUUUGAGCUGGUCAUUCAGUACAACGAGAACAAGCAGAAGGCGGCCGGGAGGGUCGAGCAGGGCAUCGGCCUGGAGAGGCUGGAAUGCGAGUCCUGCAGCAAGUUCUUCUCCAACGUGCUCAUCCUGAAGACCCACCAGGAACACGUCCACCAGCACUACCUGCCCUUCCAGCAGCUGGAAAGCUUUGCCCAGCAGUACCGAGAGCACUACGACCAGCUCUACCCGCUGCGGUCCCUGACGCCUGAGCCGGCCCCACCGCCCCCUCCUGCCCCAGCCGUGACUGCUGCCCCUCCCCAGCCACCUUCCACGCCCACCCUGCAGGUCUCCGCCUCCCCCAUGACCUCUCCCUCCCUCGCCCCCAAUCAGCCUCCCUUGCCCCACACACAGCCCCUCCCUCUGCCGAUGGAGCUGCCUCUCUUCUCGCCACUCAUGAUGCCCACCAUGCCUUUGCAAGCCCUGCCGGCCCAGUUGCCGCCCCAGCUUGCCCCCGUCGACUCUUUACCAGCAGAGCUGGCUCAGCUGUACCAGCACCAGCUCAACCAGGGCCUCUUGCAGCAGCAGCAGCAGCAGCAGCAGCAGCAGCAGCAGCAGCAGCAGCAGCAGCAGAACAAGAGGCCACGGACACGAAUCACCGACGAGCAGCUCCGGGUCUUGAGGCAGUAUUUUGACAUCAACAAUUCCCCCAGUGAGGAGCAGAUCAAGGAGAUGGCCGAGAAAUCUGGUCUGCCGCAGAAGGUGAUCAAACACUGGUUCCGAAAUACGCUUUUCAAGGAGCGCCAGCGCAACAAGGACUCGCCGUACAACUUCAGCAACCCUCCAAUCACCAGCCUGGAAGACCUGAAGGUGGACUCCCGGCCGUCUUCUCCGGAGCCUCAGAAACACGAGUACUGGGGGAGCAAGAGAUCCUCCCGAACCCGCUUCACAGACUACCAGCUUCGGGUGCUGCAGGACUUCUUUGACGCCAACGCUUACCCCAAGGAUGACGAGUUUGAGCAGCUUUCCAACCUGCUGAACCUCCCAACUCGGGUGAUCGUGGUGUGGUUCCAGAACGCUCGCCAGAAAGCCAGGAAGAACUACGAGAAUCAGGGGGAAGGCAAAGAAGGGGAGCGACGGGAGCUGACCAACGACCGAUACAUCCGGACGAGCAACCUGAACUACCAGUGCAAGAAGUGCAGCUUAGUCUUCCAGCGCAUCUUCGACCUGAUCAAACAUCAGAAAAAGCUCUGCUACAAGGACGAAGACGAAGACGGGCAGGAGGACAGUCAGAACGAAGACUCCAUGGAUGCUACGGAGCUCCUGACGCCCAGCAGCUCCUCCUGCAGCACCCCGAUGCCUUCCCAGGCUUACGGCACGCCCACCUCCUCCGCCAGCGCGGCCUUUCCGUCACAGAGUACCACCGAGGCGGAUAGCGACUGCCCUGCUGCCUGCCAGCCUAAAGCAAACGCUGCCGAUGAGAAACCAAAGCACCCGGAGCCUUCAAGCGGCGCGCAACAAAGCCCGGCUUCAGACAAGCAGCGGCAAACAAAGCGAGAUGGGCAAGUCCCGGCGCAGGACCAAGAAGAGCUGAAGCUGAGCUCGGUGCACCCAAAGGCCUCCCCGCCCCUCCAGCAGCAGCCGGCCCACCCUCUGCAGGGGGGCCCGCCCCAGGCAAGCCCUCCCCCCGCCCAGCUGUCUCACCUGCCUCACAAGCCCCUGGCCACGCCCAUUGCGCAGCAGCUGGCCAACCUGCCCCCUCAGCUUGUUCCGUAUCAGUGUAAGCAGUGCAAGCUGGCCUUCCCUUCCUUUGAGCACUGGCAAGAACACCAGCAGCUGCAUUUCCUGAGCACUCAGGGCCAGUUUCUCCACCCUCAGUUCGACCUGCCCUUCAUGCUCUUUGACCCCAGUAACCCACUGCUGGCUAGCCAGCUGCUCUCUGGGACCCUUUCCCAGCUGCCCAUGAGCUCGGCCACCUCGCCCUCCACCCCAACCGCCACCAUGAGCAGCCUGAAGAGGAAGCUGGAGGAGAAAGCCAGGGUCAGCCCGGUCGGGAACGAUGGCAGCGCUGGGGGAGAGGAGCCCCAGCGGGAUAAGCGCCUCCGGACCACCAUCACCCCUGAGCAGCUGGAAGUGCUGUACCAGAAAUACCUCCUGGACUCCAACCCCACCCGCAAGAUGCUCGACCACAUCGCCCACGAAGUGGGCCUGAAGAAGCGGGUGGUGCAGGUGUGGUUCCAGAACACCCGCGCCCGGGAGAGGAAAGGGCAGUUCCGAGCAGUGGGGCCUGCUCAAGCCCACCGGCGGUGCCCCUUCUGCAGGGCCCUCUUCAAAGCCAAGACCGCCCUGGAAGCCCAUAUCCGAUCUCGGCACUGGCAUGAAGCCAAGCGGGCGGGAUACAACCUGGCCUUGUCAGCCAUGCUUUUGGACUGUGAAGGAGGAGGAGGAGGGGGGGGGCUCCUGGGGAAAGGAGACCUCUUUGACGGGGCCAACUUUGCACAGCUGUCUGCCCCCGGCAGUAGCAGUGACAGCCAGGGAAUCCCCCUCUCCCCAGGCAGCAAGUCUCUAGAGCUCUCUCCGCAGACCCUGCUGAGCCCGUCCUCCAUCAAGGUGGAAGGCGUGGAAGACUUGGAGAGUCCCUCGGUGUCCUCGGUCCACCUGAGCUUUGACCAAGCCAAGCUGGACAAUGACGACUGCUCUUCCGUCAACACAGCCCUCACAGACACGACGACGGGGGACGAGACCAAUGCAGACAACGACAGCGCUACAGGGGUCUUCACAGAAGCCAGGGGGACCUUGGGGCCAAGCGAGGGUCUGACCAAGGCGGCCAUGUUAGCCAUGUCAGAGUACGAAGACAGACUCUCCUCGGGCCUGGUGAGCCCAGCUCCCAGCUUCCACAGCAAGGAGUACGACAACGAAGGCACCGUGGAUUACAGCGAGACCUCAAGCCUGGCAGACCCCUGCUCUCCUAGCCCGGGCACCAGCGGCUCGGCAGGCAAAUCCGGGGAUGGCGGGGAUCGGCCAGGACAGAAGCGCUUCCGGACCCAGAUGACCAACCUCCAGCUGAAAGUCCUGAAGGCCUGCUUCAGCGAUUACAGGACCCCCACCAUGCUGGAGUGUGAGGUUCUGGGCAAUGACAUUGGGCUCCCCAAGAGAGUUAUCCAGGUCUGGUUCCAGAACGCCCGAGCCAAAGAAAAGAAAGCCAAGCUCAACAUGGCCAAGCAUUUUGGCAUCAAUCAAAGUGGCUACGAGGGGCCAAAAACCGAGUGCACCUUGUGUGGCAUCAAGUACGGUGCCCGCCUAUCUGUCCGGGACCACAUCUUCUCUGAGCAGCACAUCUCCAAAGUGAAAGAGACGGUUGGGAGUCAGCUGGACAAAGAGAAGGAGUAUUUUGACCCGGCCACUGUCCGCCAGCUGAUGGCGCAGCAAGAGCUGGACCGACUCAAGAAGGCCAAUGAAGCCCUUGGCCUGGCGGCUCAGCAACAAGGCAUGUUUGACAGUCCCCCCUUGCAGGCUUUGAACAUUCCUGCCAGCUACCCAGCAGCCCUUCAGAGCAUCCCUCCGGUCCUGUUACCAGGUUUGAACAGCCCAUCCCUGCCUGGCUUCACUCCUUCCAAUACAGCUUUAACGUCUCCCAAACCCGCCCUGAUGGGUCUGCCAGGCACAAGCGUUCCCUCGCCCGGGCUUCCCACCUCGGGAUCCCCAAAUAAGAUGGCCUCCCUCAGUUCCCCCCCGCCAGCACAAACCUCCGUGGGCUCCACAACCCCCCUCCCACUGCGGAAGGACAAGGAGAGCGAGAAGGCGAAGGAGAAGGAGCGCCCCCCCAAGACCCGGGGGGAGGCCCUGUCGGGGCCCAAGAAGGACAAAGGGGAGGCGCCCAACCCUGGCCCGGCUUUCCCCGCCAUGGGGCCUGCGCUGGAGUACUCGGCAGAGCCUACCCAGCUGCAGGCCCUGCAGGCGGCUCUCAACACGGAGUCCCUGGCCUUGCUGACCAAUCCCUUCCUCCCGUGUUUUGUGCCCGGCUUCUCUCCGUACUACGCCCCUCAGCUCCCGGGGGCCUUGCAGAGUGGAUACCUCCAGCCCAUGUACAGCAUGGAAGGGGUCUUCCCCUACGGCCCGGCCCUGUCGCAGGCCCUGCUUGGCGUUUCCCCGGGCUCCCUGCUGCAGCACUACCAGCAAUAUCAACAGAGCCUCCAGGAGGCGCUGCAACGGCAAGUGCAGCUGCCCUUGCCUAAAGGCAGCCAGCCCCCCGUCCCCACGGAGGGCCUCUCCCCUGAAAAAGGCCCUGCCAAAGAAUCCCCCAGGCCAGAAGAGAAGAGCAGCUCCCGCCAGGGAUCCCCCCGAAGAGAGCUCGCCACCGCAGGAAGCAGCAGCAGCGCCCCGGACUCCCUCUGGGACCCCUUCAUUGUCCCUCCGGUGCAGUACAGACUGGUGUGCCGGAAAUGCCAGGCCGGAUUCGGGAGCCAAGAGGCGGCCGACGUCCACCUGAAAUCCCUCUGCUGCUUUGGCCAGUCGAUGGGGACUCUGCCCGAGAUGGCGCUUCAGGUGCUCGCUGGCGGGGGCGGCUCCUACCAGUGCGUGGCGUGUGAGAGCACGGUGUGUGGGGAAGAGGCCCUCCAGCAGCAUCUGGAGUCUGCCCCCCACAGACAGCACCAGACAGUCCCCCGAGCAGCAGCCAGAAACGCCAAAGAGCCCCCCAGUCAAUUACCUCACUCUGCCUGCCUCCCUGACCCGAGCACCGCAUCUACCUCGCAGCCCACCGCUCACCCCAAGGACGGCCCCCUGCCCGCCGCUGCCCCCCACUCCUCCAAAAAGCCCUGGCCUCCGGCAGCCUCCCCUCCAGGGAAGCCCCCGCCUCUCUCCUCAUCUUCAACGGUUACCUCAAGCUCAUGCAGCACCUCAGGGGUUCGGCCCUCUCUGAUGCCAAGGAAAUUCUCUUCGGAGGAGUCUGACUCGGGCCGCGGGCCGGAGGCCGAGGGGCUGCUAGAGCCCAGCUCCCCUCGGGGGGACGGCGGCCUCCCCAGCGUGGACCCUUUCCGAUUGUAAGCUUUGAAGACAGACUCUUGCAAAAUGAAUCUAGAAAUAACAAACCGGUUUCAGAAAUAGACUAACUGCAAUCCCAAAGCUUCUAACCAAAAAAGAAAAACGAACCGAGGGAGAAAACGCCUGGGUGGUUUUCCCAGAGGCCGAUGCUGGCAGCUCGGCUUGCUUCUGGGCGGCCGAAAGGUUUGCUGCGGCUCUCUCAAAGGUGGCUGUCACCCCCCCCCCCCAGGAAUCAGCCCCCCCCCCCCACCCGCACAACCCCCUUGAGAGCGCAGUGGAGGCCAGCAUAACUGUGUGGGAAAGCAGAUCGCCCGGGACCAUUUUAACUUUCUCGCUAUCUUAGCAUUCAGAUACCAAUGGCUUGCUUGCUAAAAGGAAAAAAGAAAUGUAACGUUUUAUUCUCAGGUCAAUCGCUCACACUUUGUUUGGUUUUCAGAAUCAUUGUUUUAUAUAAAUAUAUAUAUAUAUAUAUAAUUUCUUUUCUUUUUUUUGGUUUUGAUUUUUUCCAAGGAAAGGAUUUUUUGUUGUUAAUUUAAAAAUGGGCAGAAAGUAUUCAAGAGAAACAAUGUGAACUACAGUAAGUUAGCUUUCUGGGGAUUUUAGGGGCAUCUUUUCUGCUGAAGCCAAUUUCAAGGGGGACCAUUCAGCCCCCCCCCCCCCUUUUCAGAAAAGAAAAGACGCCGAGCGUUAAGGACUUGGGAGUUCUAAACAACUGACUUUCUGUAUUUAUGAUAGAUAUGACCAUUUUUGGUGUUGAGUAGAUUGUUCCAUUGGAAAUGAACUGAAGCAGUAUGGUAGAUUUAAAGACACCCCCCCCCACCCUUUUGUGUAUGUUUAGCUUUUGUAGAUGGUCCGGCUGGCGGCUUCUCAUUCAAUGUUGUCUUGUCCAUUCCUGUCCUGACCGGAUGGAGCCCAGUCUGACUCGCCGCAGCUUUUGCGUCCGUCCCUCUGUUCCCCAGGCCAUCCUGUCCUAAGCUUCCACUUAUCAGUCGCUGCCUUCGUUCCUCAGAGGGCGGCUGCAAAGUUAUUUUAUAAAGUUAAAGGAAAAAAGGGGAAUCCCUUCUGAAAUAUUUUUCUUGGGAGCUCAAAAGUUUCUAAGGUGUAUCCCUGUCGAUUGUGCACUUAACUCUCUCUCUCUCCUUUCGGCUUCCUUCCCUCCCUGUGUAAAGGCUCCAUUUUGGAAAUGUCGGCCUUCCUUUCUCUUUCUGCCCUUGGGGCCCCCAGGUUCCUUUUGAAGGACUUUCCGAGAUGGGGCGAGUGGGCAGGCCUUUUGUUUCUUUCCUCCAGAAGAAGUUUAUGCUUUAAAUAAAACCCAAAGACAAACCCUUUCGGCCGCUGGUGCAGAAGGAGCAAAAAAGGCGCCUUUUGAGGAUUCCUUUCUGUUUUGGCCACAAGGCUCCCUUGGACGCCCAUGAAUGAAGGAGCCUCGGUGCUUCUCCCGCCCUGAGCCUGGACAGACAGUUGCGGGGUUCUUACGCCGUGCCGUGCUCAGAAACGAGGAGGGCGAGCCUGGAGACCCAUAGCCCAGAUGUUCUUCUAUGACCGUCUCCUGCAAAGGGAAAGGGAUUCAGCUGCCAGGCUGAGUUUGCGGCCAGGUGUUUUGAGCCCAGUGCCACCAUCCCUGCGUGCCAUACCCCCCCCCCGCCCCCAAGUGCUCUGCCAAUAGAGCCUGCACCCCUUUCACUUCCCAGCUCCAGACCCUCCCCCUGACUGACGGAAGGGGGCUCUGGGAAAGGCAGCCUCCCCACUGCUGCCCCUCUCUUAGCUGCUGAUCACUUGAUGGGGGAUCCACCACCCUUCCCUGACAGAAAACCCCUUGCCCUGAGUUGCCCUGUGCCCCAGUGGCCGCCGGGACUGCCCCGAACAGCCCCCUCUUUAGAUCCAAAGUGGUGCGGGUGGGUUCUUUGAGAGAGUGUGUUACUGUUGAACAUGACUUAGUAUCCUGAGACUAUUCAUUUUAUCUUUGGUUCUUUAUGUGGUACAUACCUUGUUAGUUUAACACUAGCCUUUCCUGGCCAGUUUUGUGGCCUGCUUGCGUUGACCUCUUUGGCCCCCUUUCUAUCUUCUGCCCUGGUUCCCUCCCUCUGCCCUCUUCUCCCGUUCUGCCUUUCCUCCAUCUGCCUGGGGCAUCCCCAGGUCCUUCCCAGUCUUCUGCCUGCAGGCCUCUACACUCAGCAGGGCUGACGCUGCAGAGCUGCCGGGGAGGACAUUGGCAGCAGGGUCCUCCCUGGCAGGGCAGUGGCAAGCAUUGAGCAGCUUCCUGCCUUGAGCCAAGCUAGGGCCCAACCGUGAUUGCACCUCACCCUCUGGGGCCCUCUGGGGAGGAGCAAGCAGCUAUGGCCAUCCUGGCCUCCGAAGAGGGCUGUGCCAGCGCUUGAGGCUGAGGGUCUUUCCGCCUCUGAGCCCUUCUGUUUGACGGGAGGAACCAGGGAGAGGCCAGGAAUAGUCCUGCCCAAGAAUGUUAGCAAUGCAGACGGACGUGGCUGGCUCCAAGGUGGUGCCCAGCUGGGCCUGGCCCUUAGGCCUUGGGCACACGAGGAAGUGGAAUUCUUUCUGGUUGGUUGGUUGUCUAGACGGGUGGAUGGCUCUGAAAGUCCUGCCCACUGUGAAACACAUAACUUUUUACUAUUUUUUCAUUCCUUUGGUUGGGGGGAGGGGGACAAGACUGGAUAAAACAGAAAGUAUAAAUGAGGUGAAGUCUCUAAACAGCCUUUGCAAUGUACAAAAACUAGAGCAAGUGAAACCAAAAAUGACGUUCUUGGUGUUUUUCUAUAAUGUUGUCUUGUUAGCCUUUUUGUUACUGUAAUAAUGCUGAUCUCAAAUUGUACCAAAAUACAUAGAGAUGGACAAAAGCAGAACCACACAGAACUCUUAAAAAAGAAACCAAACAAAUUUUGUCACAAAACACUUUGUUGUCAUAGUUAAGUUGAUUGUAGAUGGUAUUGAAUAUACUCCUUUGAAAAUAUUUCAUCAAGUAUGUUUCCUGCUCAUUGUGGUACAUUAAAAAAAGAUGAGCCAAAGCUCUUG